CUCUCUCUCAUCAGAAAAGCAGAGCAUGGCAGCCACACCCACCCUUCUAAAACUCCCAAUUCUACCACCCCCAAAAACCCACUCAAUACCCCCAAUUCUCUCCAACCCAAGUAAGCAACACCUCUCCAUUCCCUCACACAACCCCCAAAAACUCUUCACUGACACCAUUCAACACUUCGAAUCAGCUUCUCUUCCUCUCACAGCAUUGGCAAUUCCCUUCUUCAUUGACCCAAAGGAUGCACUUGCUGUUGGUGGAGAGUUUGGGAUUUUGGAGGGAAGAACAUUUGCUCUUAUUCAUCCAAUUGUGAUGAGUGGCUUGUUUGUGUUUACUCUCUGGUCUGGUUAUUUGGGCUGGCAGUGGCGUCGAGUUCGAACAACACAGGAUGAGAUCAAUGAACUCAAGAAGCAAGUCAAGUCUGUUGCAGUCACACCAGAAGGUACCCCUGUGGAACCCCCUCCACCAUCCCCUGUCCAAGCCAAGAUUCAACAACUCACUGAGGAAAGGAAGGAGUUGAUAAAAGGGUCGUAUAGGGACAGACACUUCAAUGCAGGUUCAAUACUGCUGGGAUUUGGUGUGUUAGAGGCAGUUUGUGGAGGACUUGACACUUGGAUCAGGACAGGAAAGCUAUUCCCAGGACCUCAUUUAUUUGCAGGGGCAGGGAUAACAGUCCUGUGGGCAGCAGCUGCAGCUCUUGUACCAGCAAUGCAGAAGGGGAGUGAGACAGCCAGAAAUCUCCAUAUUGCAUUGAAUGUGUUGAAUGUCUUGCUCUUUAUGUGGCAAAUCCCCACUGGAAUUAACAUUGUCUUCAGUGUGUUUGAAUUCACUAAAUGGCCUUGAAUGACUCAGACACUACUUGAAGGGUGAGCACUCUUGUUUCCUCUUUUGGGUGUACCAAUUUUAUCCCCAUGUCUGUGUCAUUGUUUAUAGUCUUGUAUGAGUAAAUAUCUUUUAUUUUAGUCAUAUGAAAUUGGUUCAAAUCAUUUAUACGUUGACUGCUUAAAUCA